UUUGGCGGCAUUUAACCAAGCGCUUGCGUUCAACGUGGUUUCGUGACAAAAUAAAUAAGGCAUUGAAUACAUUCCGAAAAUGAAGGGAGACAAAAAUGUUGACUUUGAACAACUAAAAGAUAUUGCCAACAAACUGAGAAUCGACAGUAUUGUUGCUACAAACGCCUCAAAGUCUGGUCAUCCGACAUCAUGCGCGUCAAUGGCGGAGAUAAUGUCUGUUCUCUUCUUCCACACAAUGCGGUACAAGAUCUCCGCGCCACGAGACGCUUCCGCCGACAGAUUUAUUCUUUCCAAGGGUCACGCAGCGCCGAUCCUGUACGCGGCGUGGGCGGAGGCCGGGCUGUUCCCGCUGGACGAGCUGAAGAACUUGCGCAAGCUGGACUCGGACCUGGAGGGCCACCCCACCCCGCGACUCAAUUUCGUGGACGUCGGCACCGGCUCCCUGGGCCAGGGGCUCGCCGUGGCGGCCGGCAUGGCCUACGUCGGGAAGUACUUCGACCAGGCGCCCUACAGGGUGUAUUGCCUGGUGGGCGACGGAGAGGCGGCCGAGGGCAGCAUCUGGGAGUCGCUGCACUUCGCCAGCCACUACAAGCUGGACAACCUCGUCGUCAUCUUCGAUGUUAACCGUCUGGGGCAGUCCGAGCCAACCUCUCUGCAACAUCAGUUGGAAGUGUACGACGCGCGCCUGAAGGCGUUCGGUCUCAACUCGCUGGUGGUGGACGGACAUGACGUCACGGAGCUGGUCAAAGCGUUCGACGAGGCCGCUUCAGUGACCGGGAAGCCAACAGCGCUGGUGGCUAAGACUUACAAGGGAAGGGGCUUCCCGGGGAUCGAGGACCUGGACAACUGGCACGGAAAGGCUCUGGGAGCUGAGGGAGAGAAGAUCAUCAAGCAUCUUCAGUCUCAGAUCAAGACUACAAAGAUUACACUAAAACCGAAAGCUCCACUAGCAGAAGCUCCCAAAGUUCACAUCGAUGACAUCACACUCUCGUCCCCGCCAGCUUACAAGCAAGGAGAGCUGGUAGCUACGAGACUGGCAUAUGGAACCGCACUCAAGAAGAUUGCUGAUACUAAUCUGCGUGUGAUAGCUUUGGAUGGUGACACCAAGAACUCUACAUUUAGUGACAAGCUUCGGAAUGCGUACCCUGAAAGAUAUGUGGAGUGUUUCAUCGCCGAACAGAAUCUAGUGGGAGUGGCUACGGGAGCAGCCUGCAGGGACCGGGCCGUGGUGUUUGUCUCCACAUUUGCUGCUUUCUUCACAAGAACUUUUGACCAGAUUCGUAUGGGUGCUAUUAGUCAGUCCAACAUAAACCUUGCCGGUUCACACUGCGGAGUCAGCAUCGGAGAGGAUGGUCCGAGUCAGAUGGGACUGGAGGACCUUGCCAUGUUCCGUACAGUGCCUACUGCUACUGUCUUCUACCCGUCUGAUGCAGUCUCUACAGAGCGUGCAGUAGAAUUGGCAGCCAACACUCGAGGCAUCUGUUACAUCAGAACUUCUAGACCCAACACGGCUAUCUUGUACCCCAAUGAUGAAGUAUUCAAGGUCGGACAGGCCAAAGUACUCCGUCAGUCCGCAAAGGACCGAGUGUUGUUGAUCGGAGCCGGAAUCACGCUGCACGAAGCACUUGCUGCUGCUGAAGAAUUGAAAAAAGAAGGUGUGGAGGCUCGUGUGUUGGACCCGUUCACCAUCAAGCCAUUGGACGAGGCUGCAGUUCUGGAGAAUGCUCGGGCUGCUGAGGGAAGAAUACUUGUUGUUGAAGAUCAUUAUCAAGCGGGAGGUAUCGGCGAGGCGGUGCUGUCUGCCGUGUCGCUGCAGCGUGACGUCAUCGUGCGGCACCUGUACGUGCGCGAGGUGCCCCGCAGCGGCCCGCCCGCCGCGCUGCUCGACCACUACGGCAUCUCCCAACAACACAUCGUGGCCGCCGCCAAGCAACUCAUUAAAGCCUAAUCGCUGUCUUACUCUACUUUCCGAGAUUUUCAUGACUUAAGACAAAAAGGAUUGUGUGAUUUUAUGAAACCACGGUAAUAGUGAAACUUUUUUUCACAUUAUAGACAUUUAACUCUGACAAACAACAUUUACAUUAAACACUGACAAAU